AUGUCUGAAAAGAGGAAGAGACCAUACUCAAAUGUCGACUUCACGUUGAAAAGAGUGUUCAAGAAACCAUGUUUUCGGCCGCUGCAGCGCGAAGUCAUCAUGGCUACUUUAGAGGGCGAAGAUGUUUUCUUGCAAGCAGCCACUUCGUUUGGCAAGAGUCUGUGCUAUCAACUACCAGCUGUCGUUGAUCUCGGUAGUGUGUUAUCACUUUCAGUCAUAGUCACCAUUGUCAUUUCUCCUCUUCUGGCACUCAUGAACAAUCAAGUCGCAUCUAUGCGGCACUCCAAAAUCAAAGUUGAGACAGUCAACAGCACAACUCAGCGACAUGACCGGGAGCGUAUAUUGGCGGACCUCCAAUGUGGCCAUCCUUUGACCAGGCUCUUAUAUGUGACACCGGAGUACUGCUCAACAGACCACUUCCGCAAGAUCCUCCGCAUAAUACAUUCACAGAAAGAGCUCGCACGUAUAGCAGUUGACGAGGCCCAUUGCGUGAGCGAAUGGGGCCACGACUUCAGGCCUUCUUUUCAACAGCUCUCUUUCUUCAAAACGGAAUUCCCAGACGUUCCAGUCAUAUGUCUCACCGCUACAGCAACGGCACGUGUGCGCGAAGAUGUCAUCAAGACCAUGGCUCUUGACCCUCUCAAGCUACGCGUCUUUCGCAUGAGUACGAGCCGCCCGAAUCUUCACUACGAAGUCCGCUUCAAGUGCGAUGAAGAUGAUCACUACAGUGACUUCCUCUCAUGGCUCAAGAACAUUCAUGCACGGCGGGCUAAUUCUGAGCGGGCCACCCAACUAGCUUCCCAGCAACAGCGCGCCGACAAUGUUUCUGGCAUUAUAUAUACGCUCUUCCGCAAGGAUUGCGAAUCUCUCGCCGCCCGCCUCCGCAGUGACGGCAUAAGCGCAAAGCCUUACCACGCCGGCCUUCCACACACGGAGAGGACUGACACUCUCCAUGGCUGGGUCGCCAACAAAGAAGGCUACGAUGUUGUCGUUGCCACAACAGCCUUUGGCAUGGGCAUCGACAAGGAAGACGUUCGCUUUGUGGUGCACUGGCAGAUUCCCAAGUCCUUCGAGGGUUUCUACCAGGAAGCUGGGCGCGCAGGCAGAGACGGUAAGGCUAGCGUAUGCAUCCUGUACUACGGGCGUGAAGAUCGCGACCGCGCAGCAACGCUCAUAGCGCGUGAUCAGGCACGGCAGCCGACCAAGGGCGAGGGGAGGGCAGCGCAGCGGCAGCAGAUGCUGAAUAGGGCUAAGAGCUUACAAGCACUCGUGGACUACUGUGAGGCGACCAACAAAUGUCGACACAAAGUUAUCGCGCGUUAUUUUGGCGACGAGGAAGUGCCACCGUGCGACUUCGCGUGUGACUGGUGUAAGGAUGCGGAAGCGCUGGUCAGGAGGAAGGAGAAGGGGCUGGCGAGCGAAGAGUGGUGCAGUACGCAGAGAGAGAUGGGGAGGUUUGACGGCGGGUACGACGAGUAUGACUGA